GGGACCAUGCGGCGGGGCCCGGCCGGGGGCGCAGCUGGAGGAGGCUCCUGGAUGCAGCGCGGCCUGUGGGGCGUCUGACACCCCCGCCGGGAUCAUCAAGAGCCAUGACUUCAACUGUGCAGACGCUGCACUUCAGGCUGCUGCCGCAUGACACCGGGCAGGAGUGGGUGCACAGCUGUGAGCAGGAGAUCCAGCGCCGGUACCAGGUGGUGCCCUCUGUCGUGUGCGCCAUGUGCUGCCUCUUCGGGAUCAUCUACUGCUUCUUCGGCUACCGCUGCUUCAAGGCCAUCAUGUUCCUGACCGGGCUGAUGUUUGGCUCCAUCAUCAUCUUCAUGCUGUGCUACAAGGAGCGGGUGCUGGACACGCAGCUGAGCGUGGAGGCCUCGGUGGGCAUUGGGCUGGGCAUCGGUGUCCUGUGCGGGCUGGUCACCAUGCUGGUGCGCAGCGUCGGGCUCUUCAUGGUGGGGCUGCUGCUGGGGCUGCUGCUGGCACUGGCCACGCUGGUGGCCAUGGAGCAGUUCUACCACCCACCCACGGUGUGGAUCCCCAUCGGGCUGCUGCUGGGCGUGGGCAUGCUCGGCGCCGUGCUCACCCUGCAGUGGCAGAAGUUCUUCACCACCCUCUCCACGGCCGUCUUUGGCAGUGCCAUCAUGACCGUCACCGUCGACUACUUCAUCGAGCUGCUGCUGCUGGUGCAGUACGUCUACGAACGUGUCAAGGUGGCACCCGCACGGCCCAUGUGCUGGUACAGCUGGGUCAUCCUGGGUGUCUGGCCCGUCCUCGCCACGCUGGGUGUGCUGGUGCAGUGGAAAGUCACGGCCGAGGGGUACUCCCACACAGAAGUGGUUAUCAGCCGGCAGCAGCGCCGGGUGCAGUUGAUGAGGAUCAAGCAGCGGGAGCAGCGGAAGGAGAAGAAGAAGCAGCGGAGGCCGCCCCGUCCCCCUCCCCACCCACACAAAGCCCACCUGCCCGAACCCAGCUACCGCCGCAAGCCAACCCCCGUGCGCCGCUUUGACGGGGACGUGCUCUCUCCUAGCUACAUCCAGAGCUUCCGGGAGCGGCAGACGGGGACGUCGCUGAGCAGCCUCAUCACAAGCACGCACGCCGUGGUCGACCUGGACUAUGACUGCAGCUCUACGGUGCCCUUGACCAUGGGCUCUGGCCCAGUUCUUCGGGUAUAGCCCAGACCCCCUGACCUCUCGUGACACCAGCAGCAGGGCCAGCAGGGACCGACACGCCAGGGCCCCGCCAGGGCCAGCACGGACCGACAUGCCAGGGCCCUGCCAGGGCCAACAUGGACCAGCUCUCCAGACACACCAGGGCCAGCAGGAGUCAGAGCCAGGGGGUGUUUGAGGGGAGGGCUGUGGCCCAUUUGGGGCAGGGAGGCCAUUGACGGGGCAUGCACAGGGCUGUGCUCAGAGAUCGCUAGCCGGUGAGCAAUGCAGGGAGAGGGUUAAUCCCACUCGCUGGCACAGGCUUUGCAUGGCGGCAUGACACGUGGACUCCUGGAGCAGGGUGAGCGCCCCACUGCCACUCCCUGAGGGGGCACAGCCUGUGCCAGGGCCUGAUGAGCCAAAGGUGCCCCAGAGCGCCUGGUAUCACCCAGCUUUCUCCCAGAGGCCCCCAGGAGCAGCUCCUUCAAUGCCAGCCCUUAGCCCCCCACUGACCCCCAAGCAGCUCAGUGAGCAGCUUUCUGAGAGCCUGUUCCCCCCAUUCUCUGCCCCCCCAGCGUAGUUCCAUGGUGCCUGUUCCCCCCAUUCUCUGCCCCCCCAGCGUAGCUCCAUGGUGCCUGUUCCCCCCAUUCUCUGCCCCCCUCCAGCGUAGCGCCAUGGUGCCUGUUCCCCCCAUUCUCUGCCCCCCACAGCCCAGAUCCAUGGUGCCUGUUCCCCCCAUUCUCUGCCUCCCCCAGCGUAGCACCAUGGUGCCUGUUCCCCCCAUUCUCUGCCCCCCCCAGCAUAGCACCAUGGUGCCUGUUCCCCCCAUUCUCUGCCCCCCCA